GUUCCUCUCGCCCAAGCCCUAGUCCCCCGACACGCCGCCCUUUUUUGUGCAUUCACGUUUAGUUAGAGUUUAGGGAGGUGUUGGCGUGCAGAUGUCUGACCGGGAGUUCCCCCUGCCCCCUUACGAGUUGGGAAGGUUCCCCCGUGGCUGUCCUGGUCGUGGGCAGUCAGCGCUGGGGCACAGAUGGCUCUCAAGGCUCUCCCACUGGUGACGGGCGGCUCCUGGGCACUUAGCCGACAAGGCCGGCCCGCCUGGCCGUGAGCAGCCUCCGUCCUGACCAACACUGUCGUCCCCCCAGCAGGCUCCUGUCCUGACUGGGGCUGCGCUCUACCCAGGGGCUGGCCGACGGGUGUUGGGAUCCGAGUCCCCCGUGUCCCUCCUGCACAGUGGGGCCCAGAGGCUCGCCUGGUCUGGCAGCCCCGAGGGUGUAACAGCGUUAGUUGUCUGCGCUCCUCUUGGUCAAGAGCAAAGCUUGGAGUCCUGGCAACUGUUUGAGAAAGGCCCGAGCACGUCCUCGGCUCCCUUUCAGUCCAUCCGCGGGGCCUCCUUUCAGCACAGGCGGGUGCGGAUCUGUGCCCACUGGACCAGUGGUGGGGCAGGAAUGAGGCCAGCCAGGGCCUCCACUUCUACCCCAGGCCCCGGCCCCUGGACCAGCUGUUUCUGGGCCCAAAGCAGCCACAUCAUCAAAUGCACACGAGGCGUGGACAGUCGAGUGCCCUUGGCCAGGGGCUGGUGGAGCGCUUACGGGCGGGGCUCUUCGGGUCCCCGGAGGCAGCCAGUCAUUUGGUCACCGUCAUGCUGGCCAGUUUGGUCAUGAGCUCAAGUGCAGUCAGGUUUGGGGUGUUUCCCUGGCAGGUGGAGAUGACUGUGAAGCCGACCUCCAGAGUCUGCCAAGGGGAGGGGCCCUUCGGUGCACGGUUAGCUACCCUUGCGUCUGUGCGACAUCUCACCAUGGCGCACACAGCUGCGGGCGCAGACCCAGGCCGCUCCCACCCCCAGAGCUGCCGUGGUUUGAGGCCAGCUGGGGUCAGAGUGUGCGGCCAGGGGAGGCUGUGGGAGCCCCUCCUCAGAGCAGCCCUUGGCUUUCCCUGCCUGCCCCACCAGCGCCCGGCAGAGGCCUCGCCCGGCCAGGGCGUGAACAGUAGAAAGGGGUCAGAGGUCCAAGUAGGACCUUGGGGAGGAUCUCCUGACUCUGAACAAGAAUUGAGAAAAGUCACCGCUCUUUCUCCCUUUUCACUUUGGACUCCCCCGUUAUUUCAGCAGCUCCGAGAUAGACGCAUCGCAGGCUGACGUCCCUGCUUAGAUGUUUUCGCUUGUUAGAAAUAGCUCUGUGAAUGUAAAACUGGGAACCGUUCCCCUUAGGAGUCAUAGCUCCGGCCUCAGCUGAGUUUGGUGGGUUCUCCUUGUUACCACGUGACCUGUAACAGCCAGUGCUUAACGAGGGGGCUUGAGCCCAGCUCUGGCCCUAGGUGCCAACCCAAAGACUUGCCGGUGUGCCCCCGAAGUGGAUAUGAGUUUAUGAGUGAGAUCGCUUUACCCGUGGAUGAGUACGUGUGUAAUGUGUUUGUAUGUGUCUAUAUUCAUCAAGACACAGACAGGCGAGGCCUCUAAGAGUGGCCAUCAGUUCCCUGCAGAAGCCGACCUUCCUUAGACCUGCCCUGUGGAGUCGGCUGCAUGGGGUCAUUAAAAUCCCACUGAGAAAACAGUCCACCUCGUCAGCUCUCUGCAGAAGGGACUGACUUUACCAAGUUCCUGAAAGUCUGCGGCGAGCACCAGUCCUACCGCCAAUCCACAUUUUGUUGAAAGUAUCGAUGAUGUGAUCGUCAGGUUUGUUUUGUUUUUUUGGGGGGGUGUUUUUGUUUUCCUGCUGGUGACACAGGAAAGAUCUGGGUGAAACCAGGGUAGGGCUGGUGGGCGACGCACUUGCGCGCCUUCUCGGAACCGUGCCUCCCGGGGCGGCCCCUGAGCCGGGCAGGGGCUCUCCAGCCUCCUAGUGCCCUUUACCACGGGCUCUCCCACUCCUGCAGCCCUGUAUCCUCUCAGGAGGAAGGAAGACGCUGAGGCGCCUCCAGACACCCACAGCGUGGCAUCAGAGGAGCCCCUGAACCCCAGAGGGCCCCCUUCGUGGCCGGGCGUCACUGCCCAGCCCUGGGGCGCGGGCGGCUCAUCCGUGGAGCCGAGGGGAGCCCCUGCUGUCGGCGCGGGUUCACGGAGCUGCGCUCGGCCGUGCUGCAGGGAAACUCCUCCGGGGCCGCGUGGCGUGGGCCACUGGUCUGUGGUUCGCAGGUGAGGACUCAGUUCCAUCUUGAUAUCGUCUCUUCCUGGCACGUGGCCUCGCUUUGGCUAUUGUCCCUCUGCGCCGUGGCCGAAAGUGUAGCUCCCGGCCAGGGUGAGACUCAGGGCCGUUCUGCCCACUGGAGCGACAGGCGGGGAUGCGAAAACCACCCCGAAGGCCACCAAGGCUCGCUGGGGAGCUCGGGGUGCCCCCGCGAGGAGGGGACCACGGGCCCGGGCAUGCGCUCAGCAGGGAGGGGCCGCUCAGGUGGCGUGACAACCGGAAGGGGCCUGGAGGGUGCAGGGGCACUCUACCCCUGUGCCUGGCACUUUCUAAAGCAGCUGGAGCAACCCACUUCCCUCGAGCGCAUGUGGGAGCAUCUGGCCCCAGACAGUCACUGCAGGGUGACCCCUGGCCCUGGAGGAUUGUGGCCGUCGUGGACCUGCCGAAGGUGGUUGGGCUCUGAGCUCAGUGGGGCCACCUGCCCGUACUCGCUGCCUCGAGCCGUGGCGGAGUGGCCAUCGGCAGGGGUUUGAGCUCAUGCUGCACCGCCGCCACUGUCCCCGCCGUCCCUGCCACGCUGGGCACCAGCAGGGCUGCGAUGGGUGCAUCCCGGAGCCUGGCCCAGAUGUGACUGUCUGCGAGAGGAAAGGGAAGUCUGACGUGAGAUGUACAUUUUAAUUUUUUAAACUGCUACAAACAUUGUACUUAUGAAUUAAAAGAAAAGAAUUAAGCGAUAACUUGCUGGGUGAGGCCUGCUUUGCUUGCGGAGAGCCUAGACCCCGCGGCGGGGAGGCAGGAAUUGAUGCCACACCAGCUGGAGCCCAGUGCCUCGGUCGGGGGCCGCCGGUCGGGGUGGCUGGCCAUGCGGGGCUGAGGAGGCGACCCGCGGGCCACCUCACAGCGGGCCUCCUGCCCGCACACGCGGCCGCGAAGGCUGCAGCGGUUCUGGUGGAAUCUCCCAGGGGCCGUGGGGUUUCGCCCGGAGCCCUACCCUGGAGGGGCGGUCAGGGCUGGCACAGGUUCUGGGGGGCUCACUCGGGGGCCACGACCUGACUUUUGAGCCCCUCACGGUCUAGCUGCCCCUUCCGCCUCAUUGGCCAUUGCCCCCCCGUGCUCCUGGGCGACAGCGUGAGGCGAUGCUGCCCUGUCUAUUUGAGCCGGUGAGUUCUUCCCACCUGAAAUGCUAGCUCCUCCUGGAAGUCUUCUCCACUCAGCUGAGUGGGCACCGUCCUUCCCAGCCCCCAGGAACCCCGGUAGUGAGCGUCACAGUCAUCUCGGGGCGCUGGUGAUUGCCCACCAACCUGCAAACACAGAGACCCUGGGCCGCGGGCUGCCCCGGGCAGGCGCUUCACAGUGUCUGCUGAAGUCCCCCCAGUUCUGGGAAGUGGGCGGCCCCGAGCCCGACCGUGGUGGGGGCCCCGAGAGACGGCCGAGCACGGGUGGACUGGCCCCUGCCUGUGGUCACGGCCGUGUGACCGCACACGCCUGCAGACAGGGUGUCGGGAUGUGCGCAGGCGCCGCAGGUGCGGGCAGUGUCGGCAGGAAGCUGCUUGGAGAGCGUUCAGCUGCUGGGCCUCGUGGACGGGCCGCACGGGUUCGUUUCCACCUGAGUUGCUCUGCGCGUUUGGGAAGAUCAUGUCGCCUCCACAGGUGUGUCUCCUCUGCGACACACCUCCAGGGCCCCUUCAGCUCACCCUUCAGAGCUGCCUAAGCUCUACCCGCCCCUCCCUGGUCCAGGCGAGGCAGCCAGACCCUGGCCGGCACACCUGGUCCACCUGCUGUUUCCAGAAAGGAAAUGCCCCCAGAUCCCCUGGAAAGAAGCGACGGCAUGUCCCCCACUCACCCUCCAGCCACCGUGCACAGGUGCCCUCGGUAGAGGGCAAGACCCCUCUUCAGAGGAAGCCCUUGCUUCCUGACCUGACGCCUGAGAGCCCUUCUGGGUCUGGGGGUGCCCGGCCCAGCCUCACCCCUCAGGGUAGCCUGGCCAUGGGCCCAGGCACCGCCGGACGGGGCAUUCUGCCAGGGCCCGGAGCCUGUGGGCACAGGGUGGGCCUGCUCUGUGGGGUCACCAGGGCUCCUGGGAAACCAUGAGGGUGUCCUGCAGUUUCCACGAGCUUGGGGGCCUCAACGGCCUGGCUUCUCCGUCUGGACGGCUCAUCCCCACUGGCCUUCCAAGCAGGAAACCCGGGGCCCGUCAUGGCCACGUCCUCUAGGGGCCUGACACUCUCAGGCCUUCACCGGCCAGGCCUCCACUCACCCGGCCCAGGGUGUGCUCGGAGGCUGGCUGGCCCAGUGGAGCCGUUGGGUCGGGGUUGGGUUCUGCCUGCUGAGGCGGAGGACUGAAAGUUACGGUCUGGGCUCCCGUGCGCGCGGGGAGAGGAUGGUGGUGCCGGCACGGUCGUCGCCCCCUGGCACCAGGGAGUCCAUCCUCCCGACCUGCCCUCCUUCAGCUCUGCCCUGCCUGCGCCCGGGCCUGGACCCAUCUCCCACACUCCCUGUGCUUCCCUGCCUCUGCCCAGCUGGGGGGUCUUCCUCGGCCAAACCCCUGCCUUCGGAGACGGGCUCAGCUCACCGCUGCCUGCUCCCAGGAGGUGCUGGAGGCCCCUGAGAGACGCCCCUUCCUGCCCUGAGCCUCCGCGGGGGGAGGCAGAGGCCUGUGCCGAGGUUCACAGCCCUGCCCAGCCGAGGGCACGUGGGCCCACCCGUGGGGCCGCGGGGAGCUGGGCCUGCCUUCCCCACCUGCCUGGCCCCUCCUCGUCCUUGGACACCGAAAGUGAGGGCUCUGCUUCCGGGAGCGUCCCCCGGGCCCCCCUCUCCAGGGCUUCCGGUGCCCCUGAAACCUGAGAAGAGACGGUUGGAGCCCAGCCUUUUACCCUGACUCUCCUGGACGUUUGGCUGGAGGCCUAGCAGGGGGUGUAGAUGCCUCCUCCGAGCCGCCUGGCUGCCAGGACGCUGAGCACGGGCAGCGAUGCCUCUGGGCCACAGCUGCCCUGCGGAGGCAUAGGGACCCCGCUGUCCUGGGGUUGACCAGGCCGGGUGCCCUGGGGCAGCAGCUUUUCCUGAUGACGAUUCGCCAGCCCCGCCAGGCCAGCACAUGGGCCUCUGCCCUCUCCCAAGGCUCCAAGGAGGGUUUGGGUGGGGGGAGGGAGGGGGCCGGGGGAAGGGGUCCCAGGGCCUUGGAGGUGCAGCCUCCAGCCGCAUGUCUGGCGGUGGGUACUUGUCCAGAGAGGACGACUCCUGUGCUCUGAGCCCCACUGUAGGUGAGGACAGGGGCUGGGGGCGGGGGGACGGCCGAGUCACAACCCGAGUUGGUGGAGCUGGGUCUGAGACCCUGAGCCGGCUUUGCCUGCCUCUCCCUUGGUCCCCCUGGCCCUGGCGCUGGGAGGCACUGAGGCAGCCCUGCUCUGUUCUUGGAGUCGUGGUUGAAGAAAGGUCCUCCUGGAGGAUGGUCAGGGUUGGCACAGGCUCUGGGGGACAGAGAGCCAGCGCUAGGGCCACUUGGUAGGUUGAAUCCUUCAUCUAGGGCGGGGCGGGGGGGAGGUUUCCUGGAGGAGGUGGGACUUGCGGUCACUGGUCCACUUGGCAAGCACUACUGAGUGCUCUAUGCCAGGUACCCAGGCUGGAGGAGUGCAGCAGUUGUCAGCCUUCCUGGGCGGUGCUGUGUGGUGUCCCUGUGUCCCCAGAGAGGGAGGGGCCUCCACCAGGAGCUGAUGGCAGGCCCGGGCCCUGACCCAGGGACCCCUGCUGCCCUUCCCCUCUACACUCCAAGAUCUGACUGGGGGGGAGGGAGGGAGCCCCAGCCAGCCCACCCCAUUCUGAGCACCUCCCCUCCUUCCGCCUAGGGCUUCAGCCCGCCUCGCAGGGUGUCAGAGGGCGAGCUCUGGGCACGUGGGUGCGGGGGGGGGCACCUGGGUGGAGACUCGGGGACGCCUCGCAUCCCAGGCUCAGCUUCCCUGUCCUGGGACGGCUCAGACCAAGAAGCUCCUGUCAUAGUCAGGCCCGAGGAGGGUCCUCUGUUGAAGGUGGAGGUUUUCGGCCUGGACUUUGUGAGCCCUUCCCCCCGAGUUCAGGCCACCCCGGAACCCUGAGGAUGCCAGGCAGGCUCACGGAUGGGCACGCUGGCCUGUGGGCCUGGGGGUGGGGCGGGGGCACCACGUGGCCAUUGCAGCCCGUCCAGCAGGUGUGAGGGCUCUUGCUGGCAAGCCACCUGCUUGAGUUUUACCUUCAAAAUGUUCAGUCCCGAUGCCUUAGGUGGCCCUUCUCUCUGAAGCCCCCGCAGGCUCCACUGCUCUGGUCUUCUGCCCGGCUAAGGCUUGGUCCCCUGGCCAGUCCCAGUGGGCACUCAGUCCCUAGGCCCUGCCGAGGUGGCGGCCCAUCCCCAGCCUGGCUCUCAGGCCCUGCUGUCCUGCCCUCCCCGUUACAGCCCCACCACCUCUCACUGCCCGUCCUGCACAUGCUCUGGGCCGGGCGGCCUUGCUGCCUCUCUUGGCCGGUCCUUCUGCAGAGCUCUCCUUCAUCCUACGCUGCACCACCUGGCUGGCGCUGGAGGUUCAUGUCCCUGUCCCCUGAGCCUCAGUCAAACACUGGCGGAGGCCUGCUGAGGGUGGGUGGCCGGGGACCCCAGCCAGUGCCAGUGGUCGCUUUGUCCAAGGUCAGCAUUGGGGGGCCUCUCAGGAGAGCCAGGAAGCAGCAGGGGCGUUUUCCCAGGACCAUGGGCAGAGGAGGCGUGACGGUGUCCUUCACGGGGAGCCUGGCGGCCACUGCACAACACAAGUCAAACCCAGUCCCGAGCCAGCCUGCCUGGGUUCUGGCCCAGCUUGGCUCCUUGACCACAGCGUGACCUCACCUUUGUCCCUCAGGCUGUUCAUCUGGAAAAUGGGAAUAACAGCAGUGCCAGCCUCCCUCGCAAGAGUGCCGUGAGGAUCAAAGUAGAAGACACAGACGUACCAGACAUACUGCACUUAGAACCGUGCCCAGUCGCCUUAGCAAGCGUCAUAGAGCUGGAAGGCAGAAAAUAAAUGGCUGGCUCAUGGAAGGUCCAAUUUGCAGGAGGGAAAAAGGGAAGAAGGACCAAAGUGUAUUGAAUAGGAAGACUUCAGAGAGGAGCUGAUGCCAGAACAGGGUUUUGAAGAAUGAAUAAGAGUUUGCCAGUAAGUCCGAAGGUGAAGUCUAGGCAACCUGCUGGGAAGGGAGGGGAUUUACUUGAGGUCAGUCCUUCGUUUGUUCACUCCUUUAUUCAGCAAGGCUUCCCCGAGCUGUCUCCUGCGGGGCCGUGGGGUACAGGAGCAGCCGACCCAGCUGAGUGGACCAGGCAGGUCUGGGUGUGGAUGGGGCUGAUUGAUGCAGGGCGAUCAGGACUGCGGUGGGGCUGCCCAUGGUGGGAGGGAUCCGCACCACCCGCUCCCAGCUACUCUCUGGUCUCAAGCACUGUGCCGGCCCCUCAGCCCACCCCAUGUGUCACCCAGGCCAGCAAGCAUCCCGCCUGCAAGGAGGGGAGCAGGCAGACAGUGGCCGAGCCAGGGGUGCUCGGGGCCGGAGCCCUGCCCCCGCCCAGCCUGGUGGUGGUGGCGUUUGUACCGUAAGUGUGAGCAUGUUGGCCGGAGGAUGGCUGUGUGCAGGGCAUGCAGGUGGGUGGGUGUUGGUGCACACACAUGUCUCUGCGGGUCCCCAAGAGUGUGUUCCUGUGUGAGUCUCCCCAUCUGUCUGUCUCUGCCCCUGCCACCCCUCUGUCUGUCGUCUCUCCUCCUCUGGGUCUCCUCAUUUGUUUGCACCCCAAUGCCUUACCCUGGGCCCUCCCUGGGCCCCCGCCUGUGUGAGCCGGGGCGGGGCAGAGGCGGGGGCUGCGGCCUGGACCCCACCUCUCAAGAGCCCGGUCUGCCCAGCGGAGGUGCCUCGUUCGGUGGCCUGGGCCGGCCAGCCUGGCGACAGGGCUGGGGCGCGGGGCGGGGCCGGGAGCCCGGGCCGCCGGUUUGGGGUCUGGCUCGCUCACUGCAAUGUUGAUGGCCCGUCAGGGCGGCCCUGAUUCCUGCGCUUUCAGUUAAAAGGUUUCUGUUGUUGUAGCUUAUGCAGUUGCUCUGUUGCUAUGGAAACGUGACAUCAAAAUGACGUUUCCCGUUUAAAAGCUUUUAACUAAAUUCCUGCCUGUCAGAUGUAGGCCCCAUUUUGAGCGAGGAGCUGCCUUCCAGGAGCGGGGCUCCCGCCGCCGCGGUGCGCAGGCCCCACGCGGCCCGGCCCGAGCGCGCUCUUUAACCCCGCAGGUGACCCCGGCAUGGCAGCGGCCGAGGUGCCCGGCUACCUCGUGUCCUCGCAGACGGAGAAGCACCGGCGGGCCCGCAACUGGACGGACGCGGAGAUGCGCGGCCUCAUGCUCGUCUGGGAGGAGUUCUUCGACGAGCUGAAGCAGACCAAGCGCAACGCCAAGGUCUACGAGAAGAUGGCCAGCAAGCUGCUGGAGAUGACCGGCGAGCGCCGGCUGGGCGAGGAGAUCAAGAUCAAGAUCACCAACAUGACCUUCCAGUACAGGAAAUUAAAAUGCAUGACAGAUAGCGAGUCCGUCCCGCCCGACUGGCCCUAUUACCUAGCCAUUGAUAGGAUUCUGGCCAAGGUCCCCGAGUCCUGUGAUGGCAAACUGCCGGACGGCCAGCAGCCGGGGCCCUCCACGUCCCAGACCGAGGCGUCCCUGUCGCCGUCUGCUAAGUCCACCCCUCUGUACUUACCGUAUAAGCAGUGCUCCUACGAAGGCCGCUUCCAGGACGAUGGCUCCGCCAGCUCCUCCAGCUUACUGUCCCUUAAGUUCAGGUCGGACGAGCGGCCCGUGAAGAAACGCAAGGGACAGGGCGGCCACUUGCAGAGGAAGAAGCUGCGGCUGCUGGAGACGAUGCUGGAGGAGCAGCGCCGGCUCAGCCGCGCCCUGGAGGAGACGUGCCGCGAGGUGCGCCGCGGGCUGGACCAGCACAGCCUCCUGCAGGCGCAGGGCCUGCAGCUGCAGGAGCGCAUGAUGAGCCUGCUCGAGAAGAUCAUCGCCAAGUCCGGGGUCUAGGCCGCCCACCGGCCCCCCGCCGCCGCCGCCUCAGCCUCCAGCGUUAAAGCCCCCCAGGCACGCGGCCGGCUGGGGCCCCGGGCUCACGGCAGGGCAGCUCCCGGGAAGAGCCUCCCGGAAUCUGCUCUCCAGUAUCGUCACUGUCGACGGUACUCGGAACGGCUUUUGAUGUUAAACGUGUCAUUUUCAUCACUGCCUGGAAGCGGAGGUCACGGUGCAGCCCUGGAGGGAGGCGCAGGCGGUCCCUCCCAAGACGAAGCGGGUGGACGCAGCGCGGGGGCAGGUGUGUCCCCCUCCCUGGGUCUGCUGCGUCGGCCCCGAGAGCCUCGAACACCUGGGCCAACCCCAGAGGCCUGCACCGCCUUCAGCGGCCUUUUCAUCUGUCCCCCCGGGACGUCGGGCGUCCCGACAGCGCUAAUAACAGCGGUGACCCUGCCCGCUGGGGACACCCUGUCCUGUUCCACCGUCUCUGCCCAGGGAUGCGGCGGGGAUGAGACGAGGCCGAGCCUUGGGGAACUGACACUCGGGGGGCAGGCAGGCGAGUGAGUGGAGAAGCCAGGUAACAGCAGGUUGUGAAAGUGCUGGCAGGUCAGGGCCGGGCUGGCCGUGGGCGCACGUAGCCGGCAGCCAUCCAGGGGCUGCCUCCCCGGGAGGGAGAGGGGCUGGGGGUGGGAGCCUCAGCGCUGCGAGAUCUGCCAGCAGGAAAGCCCUUCCAGAGCCCCCCCGCCCCCCAGUUCCUCCUGAGUCUCAUCUGGGCCCAGGUGGCUGAAAGAAGGCACCACAGGAGAGCCGGGGGUUACGUCUUGUUCAGGGCCUCCCUGGGGACGUAGCCUGGGACGCUGCCACUCCGUAGCUCUGAGGACGCUCUUCCAAAAAAGUGGGGAGAAAGAAGCCUCUUGAUAUGUGACUUUUGGUAGGAGAUAUGGCAGUCAGGUCCCAGUGAAAGGUCACAGCUAGUCACAAAGAACAGACGUCUCAGUUAAUGGCUGUAGCGCUUUUCUCUGUAUGGGAAGAACCGGAUUCAUUAAAACUUGCUGAGAUACACGUC